AUGAAAAUAUACAUAUAGUCCCCUGUGUUUCAGAAAUUCAUAUUCAAUAACUAGCAACAGCGAAACAAAUUGUAAAUGCCACUCUCUUCAGAUAAAAUAGAGAAACCCUCCCCCAUGUCCAGGUCCCUCACUAUUAAGUACAGAAGAAGACAAACUUAAAAUACAGUUGAACCAAGAGGAUUAUCUUUGUCAAUUUCGAGAGAAACUCAAAGGAGCUUUUUCAAAGAUACAAUUCAAAAUAAAGUCAUCCCUACAGAUUAAUUUCAAACCAUGAUUAAGGAGAUCCAAGUCGGAAACUCAAUGCAAGUCAUAACGAAGUUGGAAUAGGGCCCGUUUAACAAAAAAUCCUAUUUGAUUUUAGGCAUAGCAUACAAACAACUGAAUCAAUUCGAUAAAGCAAGAAGUUGGUUCAAUAAAUGCCUGUCUGAGUACCCCAACUAUUUGGAUGGCUACAUUCAAUCAGCAGUUUUGGAAUUUAAAGCCUAAAAAUACUAUGAGUCUCUCAAAUUCAUUGAACAAGCCUUGCUUCAUAGUCCAAAUGAUAAACAAGCUCUCCAAUAUAAGGCAAGAUGCCACUCAGCCUUAAAGUAACAUUAGAAAGCCUUAGAAAUUUACGAGAAAAUUAACAAUCUCGACUUUAUAGGUAGAUCACGUCAUUGUCUAUCGUUAAUUAAAUGUAAUUACGUUGACCAAGCACUUAUCAAGAUCGAUACAAUCUUAUAGCAAGACAGCGAAAACGCCGAAGCCUUGUUACUCAAAGGAAUAAUUUACUUUAAGAAAAAAAAUUUCAUGGAGUCUUAGAUAUAUAUUGAAUAGGCCAUUCAGAUGUCAACAUCGCAUUAAUUAAGUGCCAAAGCCAUUUCCUACAUUAUUAAGGCCAAAAUUUGUCUAAUGGACUUUUACGAGGCGUAGCUCCAUCUAUCGAGAGCAGAUCAAUUGAAAAAGAGUUUUAAAUGUAUAUCUAAGUUAAAACCUUUUGUAAAUGGAACUGUCAAACUAAUGAAAAGACAAUUUGCACAAGGACUUCAAUUAAUUAGAGAUUUAAAACCAAUUAGCAAAUUCCUAUAGCCCAUUUACUAUAAAUUUUUAGCUUAUGCCUAGUUUUGUACAUCUGAUUAUGUAUCAGCACUGAAAUCAUAUGAAAUGAUCAAUCAAAUUGAAAAAGGAUAACUCUAUAAUAAAUACGUGUCUGAAGCUCUUAUUCUAAUAUCAAAAUGUUAGUAUGAGCCAUCUAACAAAUUGCUCGACAAAGCAAUUGAAAUAUUUCCUAAUAAAUUAGAGCCCUUUUAUUAUAAGAGUUCAAUUUGUUUGCUUGAUAAAUUAUAUGAUGGAGCAUAAGAGUGUGAAUAGUUGUUAGAAUUUGCAUUCAACAAAUAAGGGAAACAGCCUAAUCUAUUUUUUGCUAGGGCUUUAAUGAAGUCGUAUAAAAGAAGAUACACAUCAGCUAUGAAAGAUUUAGAAAAGGCAAUUGAUAAAAGUGAGGACAGCAUUAGUGAUCACUUUUACAUCAGAGGUAUCUUACAUGCUUAAAGUAUGAGAUUGAAGGAAGCUAUAAAGGAUUUUACAACAGCAAUUCAUUUUAAUAAGGAGCAUUCAGAAUCUUAUUUAGAAAGAGCAAAGUGCUAUCAGAUAAAGGGAGAUACAGCCUAGAGUUUUAGUGAUAUGAAUAAAUAUGUUAAGUACAAUAAUUCAGAUGAGAUUAAUUAUUGGAGUGGAAGUUUGUUAUUUCAUAAUAAUGCUUAUGAAGAAGCACUAAAAGCAUUUAAUGAUGCAAAAUAAACUAAUUAAAUUCUAAUUUUGAAAUUGAAGUGUGAAAUUAAAUUGCAACAAAUAGACAAGGCGUGUAUAAUUUCGAAUUAAUUAACACAAUAAAAUGUUAGGGAAUCUAAAUUUAAAAUAGAUACUUAAAUGUUAAUAUUCAUUAAAUAAAUUUUGGAUGCUUAAUUAAAUAAAAAGCAUGGUGAUUCUGUACAGUUUCCUAAUAUUGAUUAAUAGGAAAUAGGUUUAAUAUUUUAGGUUUAAGAUAUUCUGUUAUUCAAAUCGUCAAGUAUGAUUUUUUAGCACAAAUACUAAGAAGCCUUAUUGAUUCUUCAGCAACUGGAAACUUAUUGGAUGAAAUUGCAAAAAGAAAGAUUGAACAGUAUUUCAAGUCAUCAAGAUGCUGAUUCAGAGAAGAGUGAAGAUUUAUCGAAUGAGAUGGUGUUGAAAUCUGAGAGAAUAGUGCAGCAUAUCAUAGGUAUAAAAUACAAUAUGACAAUCAUCUAUUUAUUGGUAAUAUGUUAUAAUAAUGUGGAAUAGUUGUCUCAAUACCCUAAUGCUAAGAUGAAGGUAGAGGAUAUAAGAGAAUAAGUUGGGAAUGUAGUAUCAGAUGAAUUGGAUUAUUUAAAAUUGAUGAUCCAAAAUUAAAUAGAUAAGAAAUCGACUCCUGCUUUUGGGAAGGCUAUCUUAACUUUUUUGAUGAACGAGAAAAGUCUCUUUAAUGGAUUUCCGACAAUAAAGAUACAUAUGCAUGGUUAAGGGAUUUUUGAAUGCAAACUUUCUCUUAAUUUCCCAGAUAUCCAACCACCAAAUAUCUGUCCAGAAUUCAAGAAGGAGUUUCUGUUCAUGAUUAAGCCUAACCUUAUAGAAAACAAGCCUGAGGCACCUUGGUUACAGAGGACAUAAUAGUAAAUACUUGUUUUUACUUAAAAUUAAUUGAAUGAUGAGUUGGAUCUGACGACUGAUGAUGAGGAGGAAACGAACGAAAAAAGAAAAAAGAAGAGGCAGGUUUAAAAUUUGGAAAUCGAUGAAAAAGUACAAAAGCGUUUGGAUUAGUUGAUGAAGAAAUUAUGA